AAAAAGAUGAUCUGUCAGGGCCCCCUCAGUUCUCGGCGUCUCUCCUGAAGGGAUGGAGAACUCGUCGGUGGCAUCGGCCUCCUCGGAGGCGGGCAGCAGCCGCUCUCAGGAGAUCGAGGAGCUGGAGCGUUUCAUCGACAGCUACGUCCUGGAGUAUCAGGUCCAGGGGCUCCUGACGGAUAAAACGGAGGGGGACGGCGAGAGCGAGAAGACUCAGUCCCACAUCUCCCAGUGGACGGCGGAUUGUAGCGAGCAGCUCGACGGCAGCUGUUCCCCAUCCCGAGGGAAGGGCUCGGCGUCUCACGAACACAAUCAGGAAGAGUGGGAUCACAGCAGCAGUGGGAGCGCAGGAUCCCGACCGGGAUCAGGCUCCAGGCGUGGGUCUGGAUCCAGAUCUGGCAGCCGCAGGAGAAGCAGCAGCCAGUUCAGGCAAUGGACCAAGAAUGGCAACAAGGAGAGCUCCCUUGACAUGCUGGGCACGGACAUCUGGGCUGCCAACACCUUUGAGUCCUUCAGUGGUGCGACGUGGGACUUGCAGCCUGAAAAACUAGAUUUCACCCAAUUUCACAGGAAACUGCGAAACACCUCAAAACACCCGCUGCCUCACAUAGACAGAGAAGGGCUGGGAAAAGGGAAAUACGAGGACGGUGAUGGCAUCAACUUGAACGACAUAGAGAAGGUCCUUCCAGUGUGGCAGGGUUACCAUCCGUUGCCUCAUGAAGCUGAAAUCGCACACACCAAAAAACUGUUCAGAAGGAGAAGAAACGACCGGAGGAGACAGCAGAGACUUCCCGGUGGGAACAAGCCUCAACAGCACGCAGAUCAUCAGCAAGGUGGCACCAAACACAACAGGGACCACCAGAAACUCUACCAAGGAGGCCAGGCCCCUCACUCCUCAGGCAGGACGGGCCACCACGGCUACAGCCAGAACCGGAGAUGGCACCACAACCAGAAACACUCACCUAACGACAAAGAAACGCACAGAAACGCCAAAGAGACUGAGAAUUUGAAAAUCGAGGACACCUCUGUCUGCACGGUGCAUAUUCCCGUGGAGACACACCGAGGCCCGGAGGCUGUGGAGAAACAGUCUCAGCAGUACAUCCAGGAGCCAGAGACCAAGAGGAAAGACAGUAUUCACGAGCGCAUUGGGGAAAGACCCAAGAUCAAUUUGCUUCAGUCUUCCAAAGACAGGCUGCGGAGGAGGCUAAAAGAAAAGAUGCCUUGUCUUUCCCUUUUCACGGACCAGGACGAAGUCACGGUGGAAACCACCAAUCCUGAAAAGAACAAAAUGGACAAAUUAAUUGAAAUCCUCAACAGCAUGAGGAACAACAGCAGUGACGUUGACUCCAAGCUCACCACCUUUAUGGAGGAAGCCCAGAACUCUACCAACUCUGAGGAGAUGCUGGGGGAGAUAGUCAAAACCAUUUACCAGAAAGCGGUGACGGACCGCAGCUUUGCUUCCACGGCAGCCAAGCUCUGUGAUAAAAUGGCCCUUUUCAUGGUGGAAGGAACCAAAUUCCGGAGUCUGCUCCUCAACAUGUUGCAGAAGGAUUUCACCAUGCGGGAGGAGUUGCAGCAGCGGGACGUGGAGCGCUGGCUGGGGUUCAUCACCUUUCUCUGCGAGGUCUUCGGCACCAUGAGGAGCAGCACCGGAGAACCCUUUCGAGUCCUCGUCUGCCCCAUUUAUACCUGCCUCAGGGAGUUGUUGCAAUCUCAGGAUGUGAAGGAAGACGCUGUGCUUUGCUGCUCCAUGGAGCUGCAGAGCACCGGCCGGCUGCUGGAGGAGCAGCUGCCCGAGAUGAUGACGGAGCUGUUGGCGAUCGCACGCGACAAGAUGCUGUGUCCCUCCGAGUCCAUGCUGACGCGGUCCCUGCUGCUGGAGGUCAUCGAGCUGCACGCCAACAACUGGAACCCCCUGACGCCCACCAUCACGCAGUACUACAACAAGACCAUCCAAAAACUGACGGCUUGAGCGGGCAGGGCAAGGCGGGGUGGGAAGGGAAGGGAGGAGGAGGAGAAGAAGACGACGUGCACCUUGACGGGCUCCGGCAAGAGCUUUUCCCAUUUCAACACCACCCCCCUCCACCAGCAGACCAAACCCCCAGCAUGCUCGAGAUUAACGUUGGUGGGGUGGGGAGGGAGAAGCAUGUUCCUUUUCUCAGCCCCGUCGCCAAGUGCCACCCCUCUCCACCACCCCCCACCGUGGUUUUGUUUUUUUGGGGAGUUGGGGGGGGGGUGGUUUCUUUUUCCGAACUCAUCGCUCAAGCAGCGGCGACGCGUCCCGCCGGGUUAUUGUUUGGCUUUGGAAAGAAGAUGGAGAAUUUUGUGGGGGGGGAAGAGAAAAGAGAAAAGACAAAAAGAAAAAAAAAAAAAAAAAAAAAAAAAGAAAAAGAGAAAGAAAAAGAAAAAAACAAACCAACCCACCCUGCAUCCGAGUGGGGGCUAGUAUUGUUUUCACGCCGUCCUCCUGCCUUGCCCCGGCCAACUGGCAGGAGACAGCAGGCAGCAGAUGUCUCGGGAGGACAAAGCCAGACACACACCAUCCCAGACGCUCGUAAUUGAUGGCUUUUGUCGAGCUGGGGGCUUACGUUGGGUUCUUUCCCCCCCCUUCCUCCUCCUCCUCCUCCUCUUGUCUUCGACUUUCUGUGUGUGCCCCCCUCCCCACCCCAGCCCCUACUCUCCAGCCCUUCGGAAGCGGAUGGGAGAGAGGGAACGACUUUCUUAUUUGCACUGGGUUUUGUUUUUUUUUUUUCCUUAUUCCUCGAGCGUUUGUAUUUUCUUCUUAUUUUAUUGUACCCUGGAACGGACAAUUGGCAGCAGCUCGGAGGAUGGGGAAGGCGAGGUCUUUCCCCCCCCCAACCCAGAGCUGACUGAUGGUGAAGAUGCUGAAGCAGAAGGAGUCUCUCAAAGUUGAGUCCAAAAGCCACUGCAGAAGAAACGUAGCCACCGUUGUCCUGCUGGUGACCUCCUCCAUGGAUUGAGAAAGGGGUCACCUGAGCUGGGGGCUCCAAGAAACCGGGGAUUCUGCGGCUCUCGCUGUCCCAGUUGCCACUACCCUUCAGCCACUCUAACCCAUUUGAAAUUUUUUUUUUGUUAAUUUUUUAUUAUUAUUAUUUCCAUUGAAGGAGUGCUUUAUUGUAAUUACUGUCACGGUUGUAAUUAUCCAUUUAAAUCCAGGGUCUGUUAUAGCCAGGCCUAACAAUGUACAGGGCGAGGGAGAAAUGAAGGUUUGACGUUCUUCUACGGAGACCGGUGAAGAGAAGAUAAGAUGUGAAGAGUUAAAAGGAGGGGGGAGGAGGGAAAAAGAAGAGGAAAAAGUAGGAAAAAGCCAAAAAUAGAGGUUUUGAGGCUGGCUUCUCACUAGUUGAAUUUGGUAUCCUGUGUGUGCGGCGUGGAGCAGCUCUGUCCCGCCGUGGGUCGAGGUGGCACCGUGUCCUGGAGGGAUGGGUGAUGUCUUCCUUCAGAGGGGGGGGUCCCCGGGUUCCUCCGUGCUGGAGCAUCCCGAGGAAGAGGAGGAGGAAGGUGGUACGGAGGGACACACCACACUGUUGCAUCACUCCCCAAAUCACGAACAAAAGACUUGGUGGGCUCCUUAUUUGCUCCUUUAGCCAUGAUUUUUUACCUACUAAAUCACUGCUGGUGCUUCUUUUGGUGAAGCCUAAUGGGAGGAGGAGCCAAGGAAGGCACGAUGUGGGCAGCAAGUCCUAUUUUCUUCCCUUUAUUCAAUUUAAUUUCCUUUCCUGGUGGUAAGAAGAGAAUUUAUGCCGCGGCGCCGGCACGCACAGACCCCAUUCCGGGCAGGCUUCAGCAGCUUAAAGCCAUUUUUCCAAGCGAAAGGUUGAAUUUCUGGUGGCUUCUGGAGAAGAGAGAUUUCACCCCAACCUCUUUGGAUGUGCAGUGAGUUCUUGGGUGCCUUAUGAAUGUGUCACUCUGGCCACGGUGGGGAGGAAGCUUUCGCUGCAGAAUUGAAAGGGCAGGAAUUUCCAGCAGAAAAUGGAAAAUGGGUUGCAGGAGAUGAGAGUCCUGAUGCUGCGGUUCAAUAUUAUUUGAAUUUUCAUCCUUUCGUCUGCUGACGCAGCUUCUGAUCAUCACAUGGAGUGAGCUUCAAUUUCCCUGUCCACCCAGGAAGCACCAAAAUUCUUGCUGGAUGCGCUGGACCUGCCUGGAAAAAUUAAUUCCUGCUUCAUGGAUUCGAGCUUGGGAGCUCCGCGCGGUGUCGGAGCCUUGCCUCGGGUCGGCUUCGUUAGCAGCGAUGGGGUUCGGCAGUAUUAAUGAGCAGCUGGGCUUGAUUAAGGCAGCAAAGCCCAUCAGUAUUAUAAGGCUCAGGGUUGUGCCCAUUGCUCUUGGGUUUUCCUGCUCCCCAAUUUCUCGGGGAGCGGAGGAGAAGGGGAUUUAACACCCAUCUCAUGAGGUUUGGUAACCAUCCAGACCACCUCUCCCACCCCUGCAUCUUCUCCCCUCCCCUUCCCCCAGAAUUUGCUCUCGGGAUACGGUGAAAGAAGAAAAGAAAACUCAAGAAAAACCCAGAGAAUUGGAGAAUUUGCAUCUAAAAACCUGAAUUUUCCCUCAUCAAGGAGGGGUUCAGAGGCGAAGUGUAAUCCUUGUGGCAGGAUUUCUGCUCAAGUAUUCCCCUACCCCUACCAGCCACCAGGGUUUAUUCAAUUUUCCCCACUUUGGGGUGCAAUCCUGCAACCCCCCCACCAACUGGGCUCGGGCCACGACUUUCCCCUCCAACAUGGGGAUUUUUCCCACCCAGGAACUUUUCAUGUGAAAUCCAUCGUAUUUUUUAAUGUCUUGCCAUUUCUCUCCGCUAUGAACAUCCGUUUGUCCAGGUGUCAACUGCUGCCCUACGUCACUCGCUCCGUUCAUACUUGAGAAUCAAAACGUUGACCAAAAAUAGGGGGGUUCCCCCCCAAAAAUUGCUGGUAUCUCUCUGAAGGCCAUCAGUAGGAAGCUGGUGGGAAGGUGGCAUCGUUCAGCGUGGCACCAUGUUGGGAAAAGAGGUACCACCGGGUCAUUGGAUGGAGCAGGAUGGGGAGCAACGCUGGGAAGAGUCUGGGAUUCCUCAGGAGAGCACUUAAGGAUGUCAUCAAGAACGUUCUUCUCCGUUUUUUUUUCAACCAGUGGCCAAAGAGUGUCAUUCUUCAACCUGCAUUUUGGAAGGCAUGAAGCAGCCGGAUGCGUCUCCCCAGAUGAGCCAGUUUCCGUCUCCACUGCUCAAUAAAAGUAGGGGUUUAAUGAGUUUUUUCCUACAUCAGCAAAGGGGAGGGGGGGAAAAAAAUCACCUCUUUGGGCCAAAUACAUGUUGGGGCCAAACCUCGGGCUUGGUGUGAUGGCGAGUGGCUGAAGCAUCCGUGGAGGAGGGAUGCUCUGCGCCCCCGAUGCCACCGCGCCGGUCCCCUCCUUGGACACGGAGCAGGUUUCCCAGUUCCCUGCCAGACUCCACAGCAUCUCGUUCACCUUCUUCCCUGCAAAAUUAUGUCCAAACCCCUCUUCGGAGAAGACUCACGUACACGGAGGUGAAGCAAAAAUGGGGAGGGGGAGUGGAAAAAAAAAGGAAAAGUAAGCGAUUUGCUUGAUUCCCCUCUUCCCCCCCGAAGGAGGUUAAUUAGUAUCUAUUCUUGGCAUGAUUGAUGGCUUUGAAGGAAAACUUGUCAGAAUAACUUAUGAUUUAUUUUCGUGCUUAUUUUUAUAACAUCCCUCACUUGGAAGUCUCUCAAAAUCUUCAAUAUGAUUGAUUUUAUUUUAUUUUAUUUUUUUUUUUUUAAAUAAUUUCCCUGCUGGGUAUUUUAUGGCUUUACACUAAUUUUUGCUCUUUUUGGUGUUAGCUAUUAGCCGGUCCCGGUGAUACUUUCAGUAUUUUUUUCAGGAGAAAAAGACACUAAGGGUUGCAAAGUCCACUGUCGAUAGCCAAGGGAGCUGCGGUGUCCUGCAGAACACAGAGUUAAACGCUAGCGAUUCAUUAUUAUUUUUUUUUUUAAUGUAUUUAUUUGCAUUUGAAAAAGCGACAUUUUUAAUUUAAUCAUAUUUGUUAAACUAAGCGCUUUAAAAAAAAAUUUAAAAAAAAAAUAAAAAAAAUAAAAAGGAAAAAGGUUUUGGGGAGAAUAAAGACUAGAUAUUCAUACUAGAGAAAACACAAAUUCAUCGUUUUCAGCAUUUCAGAGACUGUUAAAACAAGGGAGAUGAUAACUCUUUGUGGCGAUUCAGUCUUUGUUUAUAGAACAUCCAGACCCACUGUAUGCUAUAAAACGCAUCAUCUGAGUAAUAAAUGUUUAAAGCUUGACAUUUC